AAAUCCUAUCUUUAGUAGUUUGGUAGGAUUAGCAACGUGGUAUUGAUAGUAUUAAAAUUUGAAGACAAAAAAUGAAACACGAUACACGUCGGAACAAAGACGAACAGCAUUGUGGAACCUGUCCCUGUCAGUAACAUAACCGAUCACCGCGCAGCGAGCGUUGAUUUGUGAGUUCGCUUGCUGGAAUCAUACUCGAUUAACAUCUCCUAGGAUCGUUCGAAGGCAACGACCUUGCUUGAAACGGCUCUUCGGGGGCCUCUUCGCUUCUCGGGCUUGGGCAACGACAGACGCACUAAUCAAGCGCUAUCGCACCCAUCGGCGAGCAUCGGUUUUUGCUAGCUUUUGCGCAGAAGCUUGGAAGCUGCGUAGACGUGCUGAGGGUGCCAACGAGUGUGGUUGUUGUUUUUUUUUUUUGUGCGAAGAAAAAAAUCUGAAACAAAGGAGUAAAGCAGUUUUAUUUUUUGUAGAGAAAGAUUCUAGGAAAUAAAAUGCGUGCGAUUCGUGGUGUGCUUCUUUGUGUGUUUGUAACGCUUCUUCCUGUUGUUAUUGGAGCUCCAAUAGGCGACGAUCUAAUUAGCUACGAAAACGUGCAAACCGAUAAUGGAUAUCGGUUCUCCUACGAAACAAAGGAUGGACAGGCACGGGAAGAGGUCGGUACGAUCGACCCCAGCACGGGGGUGCUGACGGUAACUGGUUGGUACAGCUACCGCACGCCAGAUGGCGCUACGCAGCGUGUUGAUUUUUUUGCGGAUGAAAAUGGCUAUCGAAUCGUUGACCAACCGCCAAACGUUGUGGCACAAUUCAUACCGAUGGUUGUUGCUGGUUCACCUAUCGAUAAGACGGUGCUGCUAUCGCUCGUCGGAUAGGGAUAUAAUUUUCUUGGAACGUUGCAACAAAAAUAAUUAAUUUUUAAUAACAAUAUGUUACAACACAGAAGCUAACAUUUGUCAAACAAUGCACUAUAGAUAGAAAAUAAUAAUAGUUCGCUUUCAAUGGAUUAUCAAAGAGGCUGAAGUUAGGGUUGUUUUCCGUGCAAGUAGUUAUGAUAUCAGCUUAUCAUAUGGAUAAUUAUUUAUAAUAUUUAAUACGCAUAACAUCACAAAUGUGUGAAUAAACCAAUUUUAAAAAAUAUCAA